UUGUUUAAAUUAUGUUGAAAUUUUAUUUAAUCGUUGCUGUUUCAAAAAAUGUUGGGAUUGGUUUGAAAGGCGGUUUACCAUGGGAAUUGAAAUCCGAACUUAGAUACUUUAGCGAGAUAACACGAGUAUUUGAUUCUACUAAACGCAAUGUAGUUACAAAGGGACGUAAAACUUAUUUCGGAAUACCGCUCAGUAAUAGACCGUUGCGCAGUAGAAUGAACAUCGUUCUAAGCACAACUUUAACUAAAGAGGGUGAACUUCCCGAAGAAGUUUUAUUGCAACCUAAUCUUGAAGCGGCUGUGAAAUUUUUGGAGGACAAUAAUACAUUAAAAAGCAGUAUAGAGACCAUAUGAAUAAUAGGCGGCACAAGCGUUUUUAAGGAGGGCGUGGCUUCUAAGAAACAGAAUACAUAACAGAUAACAGAAAUAUAGCCGAGUUUCGAAAGUGAUGUCUUCCUUCCAACCAUACUUGAAGAUUUUGAGCAAAUGGACCUGAGAUAUCACAGAGAAUUCAAGUAGAAAAUUGCAUUUAUUUUAGAUAUAAAGUACAGGAAAAACGACAAUAACAAAAAAUUUUUUAGUUAUUUGUCGAUAUUCUGUUUAUCAAGGAAUCCUUUAUUAUUCUAAUAUAAUCUGCUCUUAUGACCUUGCAAAUCUUUAGCAGUCAACAUAUAUGCGAUUGACAUCCGAUUCGUCACUUAUUUUAAAAUAUUAGCUUUAAUAUCUUAUGAUUUGCUAAGAGAAGCGCCACAUUCCUGCAAGUAUUGACUGUGUUGCAAACACGGACGAUGAAGAAUUCAUUAGGGAUUUAUUCUAAUAAAAUAAAUAACUGCGACUUUUUUAACCAGCACGUAAAUUCACGUCUAACCUAUCUAUCCCACGACUCUUUAAAUUACUCUGGAAAAUCCGUGGUCUCUGGGAGAUCCUACUUUACAUUUCUUCUUCUUCGAUUAUUACCUUGAAGUUUUAUGCAGUGAACGUACUUUUGAUGCGCUAACUAGUCUACAGUAAGCUUAGAUAUAAUUUUUUUUUGGGACGUACCAUGUCAUUAUACUGAGCCAUUGCUAACAUUGUAUACAACUACUGCGGUUAUAUGCAGGGUUGCAAGCUUUGGCUAAUUGAAAACAGUUUAUUCAUAAUAAUUGCUAUGUACUAUGUGGGACUGAUGGGUCAGUUGGCCUUAAUGUUUCUAGGUUCUUGAUAGUUGAUCAUCAGUUUAAUAGAAUAAAAAAAUUUUAAAUCGCGCAAGAAUUAUCUUCAAGUUACUUGCCAUUUAUGAUGCCGUAGAAACAGUUACUACAAUCGGCCAGAAUAGUUUUUGUUAUGUUAAAAAAAUAUGCUCUGUUUUUAAGGAAUGAUGCCGUAGAAACAGUUACUACAAUCGGCCAGAAUAGUUUUUGUUAUGUUAAAAAAAUAUGCUCUGUUCUUAUGGAACAAAAAAGAUUCUUGCAAUCAAUAUCCGCUAUUAUAUGGUCUGGAUGCUAGAUUAUUGCGGCCCCAGUCUAAGCGAACAAGGCAGAAUUUGAUGCAUUGAAUAUGCUCCCAAAGAAGCAGUGCGUAUUUUUAUAAAGCUUACAUUUAAUUUGAAUAAUGAAUAAAAAGAAAUCGCAUGCGUUAAGAAUGACCGCUUCUAUUACAAAAUAUAUUCAGCUCUCGUCUUAACAACAAUGUCCAAAUCCGUUUUCAGAUUACGCGAGAAUAAAAUGCCCUACGAACUCAUGUGCCGAUACUCUUAUGAAUGAACCAUCCGAAAUGUGCACAGUGUCUAAUCUUUAAGAAGUUCAUUUAAGUUAUCUAAAAUAUACAAGAAAGGAAGUGAUUUUUUUAACGCUUUCUUACUUUUUUUUGUAUACAAAGAGGAAUGAAUCAAGCCUGCAAAUGAUAAGAUACAUUCUUAAGAGGUUCAGGUUAGAUGAUAACACAGGAAAGACAUAAUGCAGAUCACGUGAUACUAAUUAUUGAUUUAUUGAUGAUGUUAAUCUCUCUUAAUAAGUUGUUAUGUCAGUUGUAAUAGUCCGUUUUGUCCACUGUGGACUUCAAACCUGAAGAUUAACAUCAAACUAUGGCUGUGCAGGAUUUAUUGAUUAAGGGAAUUGUAAAAAUUUUUUUAAAUACUGUUAUACAAAUCGAAAAGUUUAAUUAUAAAUAUGAUAACUUAAAUGGACAAGACGGCAGUUAAAAAAAGCCAAUUAGCUGCUUAAGAUAACAAGAUUUCAUAUAGGUUAUUAUAGAUACCGAAAAUUUCAAAUGAAUAUCUUAUGUUAAUUUGCUGCACAUAAAAAUAAGACGCUCAGAUGACUCUUUUGUACCACACUCAUCACAUGUAUCAGAGAGAUAAUCAUGUAGGCAGGCGAUCAUCGUGUUGGUUUUUUUAGGAGACAGUUGAUUAUCGCCAAGAGGCUAGUCAGGGACCAUCGUCGCCAGCUUUCCAAUACUUUUCCUCAAAUUUUCGAACUCGCUUUUUUUUGGGGGGGACUUUGAGUUAAGGUGGACCAAGUCAAUAAGUUUGUGGCUUAUAUGUCCCGUUAAUAACCAGCAGUAAUGUUUUGCAAUAAAUGUAUAUAAAACACAACAAAAGAAAUGCGAUCGUGAUAACUAAAGCCGAUAUGCUAAUUGUAAUUGCACAUUGUUGAGUUGUUGAAAGUGAUGUA